GUAUUUAGAAGAAAAUUUAGUUGUAUUACCAGUUAAUAUAUUUUCAAUUAUUUCAUAUAUAUUUAUUUAUCAUUAAUAUUAUGCUGCUAUAGUGAUGAACAUCAAUAGUAAUAACAAUAGCUCAAUUGGCAUGAAUAUUUCGUUUUAUCAAGAUCAUCAAACUAUAGAACAAGAAUUAGAACGUGCUCAAGAACAAAAUGAAAAGAAGAAGAAGAAGAAGAAAUUUCAUGGAAAUCGUAAAUUACAACGAUAUCGCGGAGAGCUUCGCCAACGAGGUAUGAAUACAUCAGUUAAUACAGAAUCAUCAGUAGAUAUUUGGCAUGGUCAUGUGUCUAAACCAUCUGCUGAAAAGUAUUCAAUAUGCCAUACAUAUGGAAGAUCGAAAGCUGUGAUUGAAGAACGUACCAGAGUAAUCGAAAAACAAUUAAAACAAGCACAAAAUGUCAUUGCACAAUUUCNCGGAAGAUCGAAAUCUGUGAUUGAAGAACGUAUCAGAGUAAUCGAAAAACAUUUAAAACAAGCACAAGAUGCAAUAACACAGUUUGAAGAAAAGAUCUUAUCAGAAUGUGAAAGAAAUCAAGAUUGUUUAAGCGUAUUGAAAGAAUUAAGCACAAUUAUUUAUCAAUUAGUUCAACAAAAGCAACAAAUUGUAAAAGAUAAAUUCGAAUAUCAAAGAAAAAUGUUACUUUUCAAUGCAACUGACCAUCUGUUACUUCAACAUUUCUUCGAUAUUGAACCAAACAAUAGACAUAUCACAUGGGCAAGGCAUAUAUGGAAAGCAACAAAGGAUCAACUGGUAAUAGAAGAAGAUGCUGCUUUGUUACAACAUCGUCUUAUAUCUACAACAUUAAUACCAACAUCUGAUCUACUUCAUAAAAUCAUAAAUAAUAUUAAUACAAAUAUUCAAAAACUCAAUAAUCCAUUAACCGACACAACAACAACUUAUACUUCAUCGAACACCAUUGAAACACUGAUAACUUUGAAGAAAGAUAUUAUUCAAGAAGCUAUCUUUAUCCAUCAGAAAGAACAUGAACAAAUCCAAACAAUUGUACAUACAGAACAGAACGAAUUUUUAGCUCAAAAUAGAUAUAUGGAGUCAACAUUUGAAUACCAGAACCGUGUGAAUGAAGCUAUCGAACAACGUCGACAACAUAUGAUCGAACGUGCACACUAUGCGAAACAAUUCCUUCUAUACGCAUCCUUUAAUCUAACAGAUCGUCCACCAUCAAUGAACGAUUCCUAG